AUGACUCUCAACCCUUCAACCAAGAGGAAGAGCUCUCGGUCACCUGACAGAAAACUUGCCAAGAAAUCCAAAGGGGAUGGAUCAUCACUGGGGCAGCCACUGAGCCCCACCCUGUGGUGCCAUGUGCAUUUGGAGAAGUCUAUAAUUGGCUCUCCACUGAUGGUGAAAAACUCUAAGAAUUCAAAAUGUCCUAAAGAGGAGCUGGAAGAGGUGAUGAAAAUCGUGUCACCUGCUAAACUUGGUUCUAACUUUCACAUACCAAAGAGGAGUCGACUGGGAAAGGGUAACAACAAAUCCUUGGACAAAAAGCAAAGAGGCAAAAGGGUUCUGAAUGGGCAGAAGUCAUCAGGGAAGUCAAAAUCUCCCAGGAAAGGCUUGAAGACCCCCAAGAUGAAAAUGAAACAAAUGACACUACUGGACAUGGCUAAAGGUACCACUAAGGUGUCCAGAGCUCCCAGGAGUUCUGGAGGCACCCCUGGAUCUUCCAGGAAACCCCAGAAACAUCUGCCUCCUGCAGCACUGCAUCUCAUUGCCUAUUACAAGGAAAACAAAGACAGGGAAGACAAGAAAAGCGCUCUGUCCUGCAUUAUCUCCAAAACAGCUCGGCUGCUCUCCAAUGAGGACCGUGCCCGUCUCCCCGAGGAUCUGAGGGGCUUGGUGCAGAAACGCUACGAGCUCCUGGAGCACAGGAAGAGAUUGGCUGCCAUGACAGAGGAGCAGCGGAAGGAAUACAUGAAGAAGAAAAGGCAGAAUCUGAAAGAGAAGCUGAGGGAGAGAGCAAAGGAGAGGAAGGAGAAGGAGAUGAAGGAAAAACUGGAAAAACAAAAGAGAUUUGAGGACCAAGAUCUGAAAGGGAAGACUUUGCCUACUUUUAAACUGGUGGAUACUCCAGAAGGACUUCCUAACACACUCUUUGGGGACGUGGCCAUGGUGGUGGAGUUCCUGAGCUGUUACUCAGGGUUGUUGAUGCCGGAUGCUCAGUAUCCCAUCACGGCUGUGUCCCUGAUGGAAGCUCUUUGUGCAGAGAAGGGAGGCUUCCUCUACUUGAACCGUGUGCUGGUCAUUCUCCUGCAGACCCUGCUGCAGGAUGAAAUUGCUGAGGACUAUGCUGAGCUGGGAAUGAAGCUCUCUGAAAUCCCCCUCACUCUACAUUCUGCUUCCGAGUUGGUUCGCCUGUGCCUGC